AUGGAGAGCAUCGUCCUCCACUCUCCACCCUCCACCACCUCCUUCUCCCGCCUCUCUCUCCCUCGUCUCCGCCCCAUUUCCGCCGCCUAUCUCCGCCGCCCCCUCAAAUCCCAUCCCGCUAGCUCCGCCUCCCACAAACUCUGUCUCCUCCGCCAUCCCACCAAGCUCUCCAUCCUCGACCCAAUCGGAAAAUCCCCGAAGAAGUUCAUCGUCCGCUCUGCUUCCUCCGGCGCACCCGGCCCCACCGAAUCAAAGCCCCUCCCGCCGCCGCCGCAGGGCGCCAAGCCCAUACCUCUGAUCAUCUCGCUCGCGAUUGGGCUCGCCGUCCGGUUCUUCGUCCCCAGGCCCCCCGAGGUCACGCCGCAGGCGUGGCAGCUGCUGUCGAUCUUCCUAUCCACCAUCGCCGGCCUCGUCCUCAGCCCGCUCCCCGUCGGCGCGUGGGCUUUCCUCGGCCUCACCACCGCCGUCCUCACGAAAACCCUCACCUUCUCCGCCGCCUUCUCGGCCUUCACAAACGAAGUCAUCUGGCUGAUCGUGAUCUCCUUCUUCUUCGCUAGGGGUUUUGUGAAAACGGGCUUGGGUGAUAGGAUCGCCACCUAUUUCGUGAAGUGGCUUGGAAAGAGUACUUUGGGACUGUCUUACGGGCUGACUUUGAGUGAGGCGUUGAUAGCCCCAGCAAUGCCGAGCACCACCGCUAGGGCUGGCGGUGUUUUCUUGCCGAUUAUUAAAUCUCUGUCCCUGUCAGCUGGGAGUAAGCCUGGGGAUCCCUCGAAGAAGAAGAUAGGGUCUUAUUUGAUCCAGUCUCAGUUUCAGUCUGCUGGUAACUCUAGUGCUCUUUUCCUAACUGCAGCAGCUCAAAAUCUGCUAUGCCUCAAGUUAGCUGAGGAACUCGGGGUGGUUAUCACAAACCCAUGGGUUUCUUGGUUCAAGGCUGCAAGUCUACCUGCUUUCGUUUGUCUUAUAGCUACACCAUUCAUCUUGUAUAAGCUUUAUCCUCCUGAAACCAAAGAUACACCUGAUGCUCCUGCUAUGGCUUCAAAGAAGUUGGACCUCAUGGGCCCCGUGACUAAGAAUGAGUGGGUAAUGGUUGCUACCAUGCUCCUUGCAGUCUCUUUGUGGGUGUUUGGAGAUUCUCUUGGUAUUGCAAGUGUUGUUGCUGCAAUGCUCGGGUUAUCGAUACUCUUGCUAUUGGGAGUCUUAGACUGGGACGACUGCUUGAGUGAAAAAUCAGCAUGGGACACCCUAGCAUGGUUUGCAGUCCUAGUUGGCAUGGCCAGUCAGCUGACGAGCCUCGGAAUUGUGAGCUGGAUGUCGAGUUGUGUGGCCAACUUGCUCCAGUCUUUGUCAUUAAGCUGGCCAGCUGCUUUUGGUGUACUUCAGGCGGCAUAUUUCUUCAUUCACUACCUAUUUGCUAGUCAGACGGGCCAUGUGGGGGCAUUGUACUCCGCAUUUCUCGCCAUGCACCUGGCGGCUGGGGUGCCCAGUGUUGUGGCGGCAUUGGCUCUCGCUUACAAUACCAAUCUGUUCGGUGCCCUGACGCAUUAUAGCAGUGGUCAGGCAGCUGUGUAUUUUGGAGCUGGUUAUGUAGAUCUUCCAGAUGUCUUCAAGUUUGGAUUCAUCAUGGCUCUUGUUAAUGCACUGAUUUGGGGAGUCGUAGGCACAUUUUGGUGGAAAUUCUUGGGGCUGUAUUAA